AUGUCGAUAGAACUAAAGCAAGAAAUAAUAGAAAAACAUGAGCGUGGCGCACGAGUGAUUGAACUUGCAAAGAUCUAUGACCGUAGUACAUCGACAAUUUGUACGAUAUUGAAGCAGAAGGAUGCCAUCAAGAGUGCUACACCAGCAAAAGGAACCACAAUUCUUUCCCAAUUAAGGACAAAUAUCCACGAGGAAAUGGAGAAGCUUCUGCUUGUGUGGGUGAAAGAGAAGGAGUUGGCAGGAGAUACAGUGACGGAGACGGUAAUAUGCGAGAAGGCACGGAGUAUUUAUGCCGACUUAGUGAAGAAAGAAGCAUCAACUUCUAAAGAGGCAUCAGAAGAAGCGUUUAAGGCAAGCCAUGGCUGGUUUGAUCAUUUUAAGAAGAGAACUGGCAUCCAUUCAGUGGUGAGGCAUGGCGAAGCUGCGAGUGCAGAUGUGAAAGCAGCCGAUACGUACAUCCAAAAGUUCGCUGCGCUUGUUGCGAGGGAAGGCUACAUCCCGCAACAGGUGUUCAACUGCGAUGAAACGGGCCUAUUUUGGAAGAAAAUGCCGUGGAGGACUUACAUCACAGCAGAGGAGAUGAUGAUGCCAGGCCAUAAACCCAUGAAGGACCGUCUGACCCUUUUUAUUAUGUGCAAAUGCUAG